AUGCUCUCUGAUCUGAAAAUGAAGCCCGAGGUCAACGACCAGGAGGUCAACCCGUCAAACCACGAGUCGGAGCUAGAGACCCUGCCAAAAAGCAGGCGUGCAAAGCUCAAGGCAUCAAUAUGGGAUACCUGGGAUAAGUCGCCCCGAGAGCGCAAGCUUGUUCAAAAAGUGGACUGGUGGCUGCUCAGUUAUGCAUGCACUGCAUAUUUCAUCAAGUCGCUGGACCAAUCCAAUGCAAGGAUGAAAGAGGCCCUGGACUUGAAGGGUAAUGACCUGAACUACCUAACAACAUAUUGGAACAUCGGGUAUAUCGUCGGACAAAUCCCAUCACAGUUGAUUCUCACCAAGAUUCGGCCCUCCAUUUGGUUACCAGCUCUUGAAUUGCUAUGGAGUAUAUUGGUGAUGGCUUUGGCAAGCGCUAAGAAUGCCAAAACGAUAUUUGCACUGCGCUUUUUCAUCGGUCUUUUCGAGGCUUCAGCUUAUCCAGGCAUUAUCACACUCCUUGGAAACUGGUAUACACCACAAGAGCUGGCAAAGCGAAGCGCAAUUUUCCAGGCCUCAUCUAGCGCGGCCAACAUGUUUUCUGGGUAUCUUCAGGCAGCACUGUAUUCGGGCAUGGAUGGUCGUGCAGGUCUCUCGGCCUGGCAGUGGCUGUUCAUCUUCGAUGGAAUUCUUGGAAUACCCAUCGCGCUGUAUGGCUUCUGGGCUAUCCCCGACUCCCCAAGCGAUUCGAGGACGCGCUGGUUAAGCGAAGAGGAUACCAAAUACGCCGAGCAAAGGAUGGAGGCUGUUGGGCGUGCACCGGCGGCCAAGCUCACAUGGCGAACAUUUCUGGACGUUUCCCGUUCCUGGCCAGUUUGGUUAUUUUCCACGGUCUUCAUCGCCCAUGUCUGCGGCCUUCGCAUCUACUCGUAUUUCAACGUGUGGCUCAAGUCAACUGGCAAAUAUACAGUUGAACAGGUGAACGUCAUUCCAUCAGCCGGAUAUGGUCUCCAGAUCAUCUUCACGUUGCUUUAUGCCUGGACGAGUGAUUAUCUGCAGAUGCGGUGGCCUGUUAUCGUGCUUGCCUGCGUUCCAGCGUUGGUCGGAACGAUAAUUCUUUCUGUCUGGCCGGCACAUAACACCGCAGCAAUGAUGGCGGGCUGGCUGUUGACGUACUUCGAGACGGGAGCUGGAAUCAUCUUCACGUCUUGGGUCAGUGAGACUUGCGGGUUCUCGGCCGAGCAUCGUAUUGUGGUUAUUGGGGUCAUGGAGGCAGUUGCCUUCACCUUCAAUGCAUGGGUGCCUCUUUUGGCAUAUAACUCUAGCCAAGCGCCUCAUUUCAAGAUUGGGUAUCAAAUCGCUGCGAUGUUCUUUGCGUUCGAACUUGUCAUGACGCUCGGGAUUGCGGUGAUCGAGAAGCGAUGGCCGGCUCGAAAUUUGGUAAAACCGAGGGAUUCACUCGAUGUAUAA